CCAAAUUAAAAAGCACAAAAAUAUAGCAAUAAUGAUGGACGAAUUCAAAGAUCAAAUAGUUAAUAAGCGUGACAUACAGACUUUUGUGGAAACAAAAUUAUUCCGACUCCGAAAUAUUUUAAUACAUCUUCACGAAAAUACUGAAAACUGCAGGGUUGUAGUUAUUACGAGGAACACCUGGACUGUUACUACCGAUAAAAGCAACUAUGCUGAAACGUCAAAUUGUAACCCAAUUCAAGUUUCAAUAUGGGGAUUUCUUAGAUCAGUUCAAAGAGAAACCAUGUCUUUUCAACUCUACAUUGUUGAUUUUCAGGAUUAUAGUAAUGAGCAGAUAUCCGAGACCGGAAUCUUGGAAUUUUUAAUGUGUGAAUUUUCGAACAAUCUUAAAAACCAGGGUGAAAUUCUGGUCACAGCGGGUGCAGUAUAUUCAUUCGAAUGUACGGGCUUUUAUGAAAUGAAAGAUUACAUUGAACGAGACCAGUCCUCAUUAGGCGAUUUUGAAAUGUUUUCUUCACAGAAAGAUAAUAUACAAGAUCGUUUUCAAAUGUAUCCUUGCCAUGAAAGAGGAAAUGCUAACCCAAUUAAUACAGUUGUAAUGCGCGUGGACUUCUUGGUUGUCCAAAAUCCAGAUUUAUACCCCUAUUGUUUCGAUUCCCAAGAGCAAGAAGACACCGACGAACCAACCAAAUUUCCUAUCUAUUGCCUCGAGACGCAUUGCUAUGAAGAAAACAAUCAAAAUGAUUUUUAUAUAUCAUGCUAUCCCGUACAUGCAUCAAACAGGAUAAAGGUACCUAAAUCCUGUUGUAUACCACUGUCACUAUUACCCGGGUACCACCCUGGAUUAAUAACAAUCUUCGUAACUAUGUGGCAUAUAUGUGAGCAUAUAACAUCCAAGUCUGUUGUCUUAUUUUGCGAAGAUAACACUUCAUUAUAUGAAGAAAUUAUAUGCUUAAUGCUGCGAUGUAGGAAAGUUAAAACUACUCGAGUUUCUCGAAACACCAACAAUCUAACAACUGAAUGCGACUUAAUAAAUCUAACACGAUUAGACAAAAGUAUAAUUCUACAAUUUGCUAAAGUGAGAAGAUUUACUAGCCUUUCUGCUCUUGUGACACAAGACUGCUUACGUCUAUUAUAUCACCACAUGCGAGAUUCGGAAAUUGAAGUUUUAAGGGAAUUGGACAUAUUUUCACACAGAAAGCUCACAUCUACCAUGCCAAAGAUGACAAAAUGGUUGCAGAAUUCAACUAAAGCUGUAGAAAUUAUUAUAAAUGAUUAUGGAGCAUUCACGGAAUCUGCAGAUUAUCUGACCAAGUUGUUUUCUCCAAAGAAUAUCAGUUAUCACCAAUCACCAUUACGCUUAAGACCACCAGAUCGAAUACUCAAUAAAUCGGCUGCUUAUGUAGUUGUUGGUGGUUUAACUGGACUUGGGUGGCAGUGUGUUAAAUGGCUGGCUGAACAUAACGCUGGGGUUAUUGCUUGUUUCAACAGCAGAAAUCCCACACCGGACGACAAGAGGAAAAUGGAAAUAUUAUCCGAUAAAUGCUGUUGUCAGAUUAUUGCUGUAAAAACAGACGUAACAAUUUUUAUUUCUUUGGAAGGGUCGUUUGAAGAGCUCAUGUGCCAAUUCCCGAUGAACACCAUUAAAGGCGUGAUCUUCGGAGCAGGUGUAUUGAGAGAUUCUACAUUGAUUAACAUGACGGAGGAACAAUUAACAAAAGUCUUAGAUCCUAAAAUUGCUGGGGCUUGGAACAUGCACUUAGCAACAGAAACCAAACAAAUUAAAUUAGAUUUCUUUAUUCUUCAUUCUUCAAUAACAUCAGUAUUCGGGGCACCAGGGCAGAGUAAUUAUGGGGCGGGAAAUGCUUUCCAGGACAGCUUAGCAUUUUAUCGCCGAUCAAAGGGAUUACCCGCACAAAGCAUAAACUGGGGACCUUUAGACAUGGGAAUGUUGGAAAAUGUCAAUGAUAAUUUGCGUAAUAGACAAAGACUAGAAAAGCAAGGUUACCGUCUAAUUUGCAAAGACGAUAUUGGACAUUGCCUAGAAUCUGCCAUUUUAUCAGAUCUUCCACAGAUUAUUGUAACUGAUCUAAAUUUAGAGCUCCUUAAAACUACUCUGUUGGGGAACAAAGACAUGUUUGCCAUAGAAAAGCUUCGUGGUACAUUACAGAAAUCUGGAAAUAUCACUGAAGUAACUGCGGACACAAAUUCUGAAACAAUACAAAUAAGUACCCACGUUUUACAGUCAGCAACUACCGAAGAAAGAAUAUCAAUGAUCGAAUCUUACAUUUCUCAAUUAGUAUGUAAAGUUCUGAUUUUAGAUGAAAACAGUUUAUCGUCGAACACCUGUCUAGUGGAUGAAGGAAUGGAUUCAAUGUCAGCUAUGACAGUUGUGAACGAAGUAAAGAAGAAUAUUAGCUCCACAAUACCUAUUAGUUUAUUAUUUUCACCAGAUACAACUGUAGCUAGUCUUUCAAGUUUUAUAAAUGAGAAUAUCAGGAGUAGCAAUAAGGUUGACUGUCAAGAUGACAACGUUAACAACCAACAAACCAUAUCCCACAUGGAGUACAGAUAUUACAAAUUAAACCAAAAUCCACAAGCUUGCAAAGCAUUCCACCUAUUAUUUGAUAUGGAAUUUUCAGAUUUAAGCCUGGAUAAAGAGAAAAUGAACAGUUUGUUGUUGGAAAUAACGAACAGAAAUCCUAUUCUUAGAACAACUUACUCAGGAGUAUUGCGUCCAGGAGGCUCAAAAGAGGACAUCAAACGAAAUCUGAUUGAAGCAAACCAAGCACUUGAUCUGAUUGUAAUCGACAAAGACACUCGAAACAUCGAUGAAGCAUUUGAAAAGGAAAGUAUGGAACACUUUGAUUUGAAGUCCAAAGGACCCGUCCGUUUCAUAUACCACACAAAUGGUUCAUCUAUGCGAAUCGCCAUUAUAUGCAAUCACAUAGCAUUUGACAUACAAGCGAUGAACAUGUUAUUGAAGGAAUUCAUAAACUGCUUGAAAAGUGCCUGUAUGUACGGCGACCUUAAACAUCUUCCAAUACCAACAUCUGAAAAUAAUAGAUUGGCAGCGAAUAUAAUGCAUGGGGAACUAGAAUCAUCAUCUAGUGCGAUGAAGAGUUUUUGGAAAGAGGAGCUAUCUAAGGGCGUCCCGUUGAUUUCUAUCGAUUCUCCCAAAAGAUGUGACUUACACGGUCUGUCAGUUACAGCUCAUAGACAAUUAUCUGGAGUACUACACAAUAAUCUAAGUAGACUAAGCAAGACACUACGGACAACAACCCCUAAGAUAAUGAUGUCUAUGUAUUAGCUGUUUUUGAGUCUUCGGUCUGGAAAUCGUAGAGUAUUUAUUAUUCUACCCGAAGACCUUCGGGGGUUAUUACCAGCUACUAAAAACUUUAUGGAAUGCUUAAUAAACCAUAUUCCAAUUUUUGCAGAUAUAGAACAUUCCAUGUCCGUGAAAGAUUUUCUUGUUACUAACUCCAAACACGUCAAUGACAUUCUUGAUAACAGUCUGUUUCCCUAUGAUGAAAUAGAAAAACUUAUACCUAAGGAUGCUAACAAAGACUUGUACCGCCAUGUUUUGACUUUUAACGAUUAUUCAUUUGUUGACCAAUUAACAGCAAUGAAGGAUGGAAUUGAACUGCAAGUGAAAGAAACCAAUAAUGAACAUAUUUUUGGCGAAUCCUUUUUAUUCGUUUUCACUAAUUUUAAUGCCCAAACAACGUCACUAAAGCUGCAGUUGUGUGCAGAGAUGUACAGUCAAUCUGAUGUAGAAGAUCUUAUUGACCAAAUUAUUGAACUUUUACAAGAAAUGGUUGAUCAGCCCGAAAUUAAAAUCGGACAGCUAAAAAUGGCAGCACCUAAAGAACAUUAGAGGGGAAAUUCUGACGAGAAACAUCUACAAGAAUGUGACAAAUGAUGGUGUAAAAAGAAUUUAAGUGACGGCAUUCAAUGUUAUUUUAAAGAAAGGGAAAGUAAUAGGCUGGUAUGAGUACUUCGAAUUUACGUAAGCGGGGGGGGGGGGGAAUCCGGAACAAACGAUUCUUGCUUUUUAUGAAAGGUCUAUAUGAGUACAACUUCAGGGGAAAAAAAUCCACCGAAAAUCGGCCAUGGGCAAAAAGAGUUAUAGGCGUUUUGGUUUUCGUACCCAUUCGACUUAUCAAUCCACCAUUUCGUCUCUUUUUCUUUGGCAUUCCGAGGAUAUAUUUGUGCAUCACAAAUGCCUAUCCGCUAUUAGACAAUCGACACAAGUUAGUAGAUUCCCAUGUUGGGAAAUUCUGAUUGUAAAGACAUCCAUGAUUGCCCCACCCAAAAGGCUAAGUUAGAUCAGCGCAUUUACUAGGCGCCUCUAAUUGCCCCACACCCAUAUGCAAAAUUUUCAGCAAAUUUACAUGUAUCAAAAGACCACCUUCAGACAUUUCAGUGGUGGGCGUUCUCCGCAGGCCUGGGCGAUUUAUCUACUACUACUCAAUACUAACUAAAUGCUACCUCAUUAUUGUGGGAAACUACCAUAAUACUUCAAUUAUGUUGGGUGGUAUUGGGUAAACUUCCUGUCGUCCCCUCCAGACGCUCCUAUUUCCCCAACACCAAAGGCUAAGAGAGAGAGAGAGAGACAUGGGGUUUAACAUCCACUCGACACAACUAGGUCAUUUCGGGACUAACAUAUGGUUUAAUUUUAUUUCAAUAAUUCGCCUGCGCAUAGGGGUCUUUAGCAGUGGGAGGAAACCCACGAGGUUGGACAGGCGACCCUACUCUUUGUCACGUACAACCGGGGAUUCAAAACCACGCCAGUCGACUCAAUGACAGACUUUAUGAUACAGCGCGCGCUAACCAUUCAGCCACCGGAACGUAACUUCCUGACUUUUGGCCCCAGAUUGUCCGAAAAAUCGCCCUUUUUAGCUUGUGGUCCCUCUGGAGAUCACAAUUAUUAUCGGAUUUAAAUAAAAACGUUUGAUUAUAUCACCGUUACACCGUAAGGAAGGUUGAGUUAGAAUUUCGUGAAAAUCGGACCAAAAUUACCGGACAGAAUGGCCGCCGUUUGUACGCGAAUAGUGUAAAAAUAUGGUAUAUCAAGGUCGUGGACCCUAUAGAGGUCACAAUUUUUAUCCAAUUUUGUUGAACCUUGAAAUGUAAGUUUAUAACCCAAAGAUCUCGGUUACUGUCGAUAUUCGCGCAUAUCGGAUGUAACUUCCUGAAUUAUAGCCCCUGAUUGUACGAAAAAUCGCGUUUUUAGCUUGUGGAUCCUAUAGAGGUCAUAAUUUUUAUCCUGUUUAAAAAAAAACGUUUGAAUAUAUCACCGUUACACCCUACGGGUGGUUGAGUUCGAAUUUCGUGAAAAUCGGACCAAAACUGACAGACAAAAUGGCCGCCCCUCGUACUCAAAUAGCGUAAAAAAAUAUGGUAUAUCAAGGUUGUGGACCCUCUAGAGGUGACAAUUUUCGAUAUUCGCGCAUAUCGGAACGUAACUUCCUGAAUUAUGGCCCCUGAUUGUACGAAAAAUUGCGAUUUUAGCUUGUGGACCCUAUAGAGGUCAUAAUUUUUAUCCGAUUUAAAAAACCGUAUUAUUAUAUCACCGUAAAACCCUAAGUACGGCUGAGUUCGAAUUUCGUGAAAAUCGGACCAAAACUGACAGACAAAAUGGCCGCCCCUCGUACUCAAAUAGCGUAAAAAAAAUAUGGUAUAUCAAGGUUGUGGACCCUCUAGAGGUGACAAUUUUCUUCUGAUUUUGAUGAAACUUGAAAUGUAAGUUUAUAACCCAAAGAUCUUGGUUCCUUACGAUAUUUGCGCAAUAUCGGAUCGUAACUUCCUGAAUUAUGGCCCCUGAUUAGCUUGUUCUCUAUCCAUCUCUUGCAAAAUAUGGGCGUAUCCUGCCUGGCAGCCGCUGGUUCAGUAGUGGUGUAUCCCAGCCAGAAGUCUAAUUGCUCCACCCAAAAACUAAUGUAAAUUACCACAUGGCUAACGUAUUAAAUGUAUCUGAAAACCAUCAACAUAUUCCAUCGAAUCAUAAAUGGCCACUCUCAAGUAUUUUCAGUGAACAUACGAACUGUAAAUCGGACCGUUUCCAACAAUAAUUGACUGACCGCGCUCACUGUAACUCUUUAUGGCGAAAACGAACGCAUCCCUUGAUGACCCUAAUGAUUCUGAUCAUGAAUCCUUGACAGACGAAUCCAAUUCCGAUCCAAAAGAGGACGAGUAUACUAGUCUUUUUUUAGAUGCUCACUGACUAUUGAAUUACCUGAUACAGGACAUUUCAGAUGUUUAUUUCUGACGAAGUGUCGAUGCAAAUUCUCUCGUCGCUAUUAUUGAAAUGGUAAAGAGAUCAGCGUCACCACUCACCAGCUCUCCUCCACAUUACCGCCUGAUACAUAUAACACUUUUCGCGACAGAUUGAAGCCAAUGCCAAACUACACAUCCUGGUGAAAUGCAGCCAUACCAAUAAUAUCAACCAUCUAAAACUCUAUCCAAGCACCUGUUAGAACAUCUCAGAAUGAAUAUAUUACGAAAACUGUUAUCAAUCUUAGCCUCCUCACAGGUAACAACCACUCCAAAAGAGAACACGAAGCUGCAAUAAUGGAUAUAGCUGACUACGUCAGCAUUGUCAACAAGACGGGUAACGAAAAAAAACCUUUCCGCUCAUCAAACUUAACACCCGAAACACGUUUGGCACAACCAAAAUCAACCUAAAUCCGAGACUGUCUACCACAAAACAGUCCAAUACCUUUCGAAUUUUUAUUCUUACUGGACUCCAAAGACUUUUGUAAUAACAUCAACGUAACUCCCCCCCCCCUACACCCCCUACUCUUUACUAGACCAGCGUAAUGGUAAUAAGUUCACUAUAUAUACAGAAAAAAUCGAAAAAUCCGAAAACUACUGUAAAGUACCUAAAAAAAAAAUUGAUACCCGAAAUACCAAAAAAUCACUAAAAUACCGAAAAAACAACACUAUUUACCGAAAAAAAACCUAGGCCACACAUAAAAAUUGUUUUGUGGGUCAUGGGUCAGGCUAGGUCACGCAUAAAAAAAAGAGAAAAAUUGGUCAUGGGCAAGGGUAAGGGUGAGUAAGACGAUGGCUCGCUAGCCUAGAGGUCUCGCCAGUUCGAUCAAGGUGUUGGCCUAGAAAGAUCAUCGGGGUUUUACAAGGAUUAUUCAUUUUGAGGUCGGAUACCAAAACCAAAUCGUCCGUAAAGAAAUUACCCAAGGUAGAUUGCGGUGGUUUCUUUUCUUGGGUACUAUGUACAUACCUCCUUACUAAAAAGCAAAAAUCAUUUGUUCGGAAUUUUUUUUUUAUUUGCAAAAUAAAGUCUGAUUUCUGAAAUAGAUAUUAUAGGUAAAAUUAAUUAUAUUUAUGAUAUGUUCGUUAAAAAAGUAUUAACAUUAGUGUUACUUUGCUUUUAUUUUUUUAACAAAUUUUCACAAGUUGAUUUCCUUUAUUUUGUUAAUGUAGAAUGGUAAUGUACUGCUCUUUUCAUUUUCUUUGUUUUAUUUGUUUCGUUUGAAUUUGAUUUAUCAGUUUAGUUUUUGGUUGUUUAAUUUUUGUUAAUGAAGUUGAUUCUUUUAAACUUCGUUUUUAUUUUUGAACUCUACUUGGUGUAGGUGUUCAUCAGGUAAUACCUCGACUGAGUUCAAUAUAGAGAUUAGCCGGUUGAUUUGUUGGAUAUAAACCUUUGAAUAAUAGCGCCUAACAGGCAGCUGUGUUUACAUAUGUUCUCCUGAUUUUGAUUGUUUUUGUGUGUUUGAAGUAUAUGUUUGUGAUAUGCGCUUAGAAACACUUCACGUGUAAUGAAGCGCUAUAUAAAUCGAACAAUAAUAAUAAUGGUUAUAUUCUAGCGAGGACAAAUUGAUUUUUUUCUGUUUUGAUAUUCCUAUGGGAUUUACUUCGACAAAGAAGCGUCUAUCCAAUUUGCACAACAUGUUCUAAAUUAAGGGCUCUUUUUUGUUUUGUGUCUUUUUCAUUCUUUUUACUCCAGUGGUGUCCCAAUUACUUGAACUAGAAACAAGAAAAGCGGUAUCCUGAUUACAUUUGUCAGAGGGCAACGUGCACACUGCACAGUUGGAAACAAAAUUUAAUUGAUCUGUGCGAAACUGUUAUCCCUGGGAACUUAGAUAAUUUGAAACGCACAAUACUAUGAUAUAAGUUUAAUUCCUUAUAUUUAUCUGUUAGUAGUAAUGUUAUCCCCCCCCCCCCGCGCACACACACUCACCCACGCACUCAUAUACACCCACGCCCCCCCCCCCCACAUACACACAAACACCAGAGCUAGUGGAAAUAUGUGUAUACACUUAUUUGAAAAAUACAUUUAGGUCUACAUUAUUUACUUUAGGAACUGUCUCUGAUCGGACGAUAUCCGCUGACAGUUCCAAUCGCUUCCAAUAUAGCUGCAAUAUGAAAAUACGUUAAAUUACCGCUCUUCACCAACUCUGUUCUCAGGCUAUUUUACAACGUGAAUGUUUGUUUUUUGCAAAAAGGAAUCAUUUCUCCUCAUAUCUGACACAAAUUUAUAAUAAUUCAACAUUAUGUUCAAGUAGAGUUUAGCGAUUAAAUAAACAUGCGGUCCCCUGCGCAUGUUCGAGUCUCGUAAUGGCUGAUCAGUUCAAACUUAUUUUGUGUAUGUUUUUAAUCGCAGAAUUCUACUUGAAAAUAGUGUUCAAUUAUUAUAAAUGUGUGUCAGCUGUGGCAAGAAAUGAUUCCUUUGGCAAACAAAGAAGAAUCGGGCUGACAAAUAGUCGGUAAGGAUUCCAAAAGGUGGGGAUGAUAAAUGGUAUUUUCAUAUUACAGUUAUAUAGGGAACUGUCAGCGGAUAUCGUCCAAUCAGAGACAGUUCCUUAAAAGGACAAUAACACUCUUGCUGGCUUAACAGCUCCAAAUAAUAAAAAAAGUAGCCUUAUUCUAAGUACUAGAUGUGUUAGUGUCCUACCUGUUGUGUAAAUUAUCCAUUAAAUCCUAUUUUACUUGUCCAGAGGGUUCAAAAAUAUUUUUAAAUCCAAGUCACAUUUGAACAGCUUUACGUCAGGCUUUUCAAAUCAUUUAGUUGAAUUUUUUCAAUUUUUUAAAUUAGGUGUGUUAAGAUGAAAUUUGUAUCAUCAAUUAAUUGGAAUAUUGUAAAAUAGUGCAAUUUGUUGACCAGAAUAAAGAUUGGAACAUAUUAUUCAGUUACAACAAGAGUGGUAUUGAGCCUUUAAAGGAACAGGUCUACGUGUGUUGUUGAACGUGUAAAAGCGAAAUAUUUUCUUAUCUUGAACUGUAGUACUGUAUUUAAAAUACAUGAAUAACAUGUUUUAUUGUAACUAUUGAAUAAACGCAAGACAUAUCGUA